CCGUCCUGUCAAAUUCACCAACAUAACCUCAAAAAAUGUUCACCAGGAAAGCGACUUUGGUGAAAAAAACCGGCCCCGACGGUGUCGGACGAUACGAAUUUCUCAAACAACUGAUCGUGGAAUUUGGGACAACAAAAUCGCCAGAAGCGAAACGCCAAGUUCUAGCAAACUUGUCAAACUUCGCCUACGAUCCGGUCAAUUUUGAGUUUCUGAAGCAACUUCACGCCCUUGAUUUGUUCCUCGACCAACUGUCAACCGACGACGACGACCUAACCCACUUUGGACUAGCAGCCCUAUGUAAUUUAAGUCCAGACCCCGAAAGCCAAGACUACAUAAUCAAACUCAACGGAAUCAAGCUCGUGUCGAACAAACUCCUCCACAAGAACGAAGAAAUCGCCCUGAAUGCCAUAACUACCCUGUUUUAUCUUAUCUUCCCGUCGCAGCGACACCUCCUCACCCCCGAGAUUCUCACCAAAAUCAACGUUUAUGAAGCCCACCCGAACCCCCGUUAUAAAAAUCUGGGUGUGAUCUUCAUGGAAGAAGCGAAUAAAAAUGCUUAGGCGGCGUUGCGUAAUUUUUCUUCCAAGGCUACAAUUCGAAGAAAAAUAACUAAAGAAGAUUUAGCCAAGUUUACAGAGUUGAGCGGUGAUGAUAAUCCGAUUCAUGCUGUAAAUGGUCCAGAGAGGGCGCUCGUGCACGGUGCUUUACUCAACUCGUUGGUUUCGCGAGUAAUCGGGACGGAACUGCCAGGGCCGGGCUCAGUAGUAGUGGCCCAGACUUUGAAUUUUCCGAACAAGUGCUACGUGGACGAAGAGGUGGAAGUGACGGUCGAGAUGGUCGAAAAUCGGAAAAUUGUGACCGUGAAAUUCAGGUGUGAGGUGCCGGAGAGGGGGAAGGUGGUUUUGUGGGGGGACGCAAAGUUGAUUAUAAAGAAAAAUAAAUAAACGAC